GUAUAUCCAGAUACAUCGCUCAAUCUUUGCCUGGAUAUUUUGUUGCACAAGGGUGUAAGCGGAGUGCCGGUGGUGGAGCACAAAACGUUUCGUGUCGUAGAUAUGUAUUCACGAUUUGAUGCAAUUGGUGUGGCACUGGAGGAUAAAAUGGACGAUCUUAACGUUACGGUGCAAGAAGCAUUAGCCUUCCGGAAUACAUUUAGGGGUUUGAUUUCGUUAUCUGAUGUGAUAAAUUAUUUGGUUGUGAGAACUGCCGAAAAACUGCCUGUUGAAAGCCCUCAUCAUUCACGCUUGGGUCUGCAUUCUCAGCACAGCUCGUUAAGUACACUUCGAGAAGGACGCGAGCUGAUUACCGAUUCGCGUGAUAGUUCAAACUCCUUCACGCUUGUAUCGGGAAACGAUGUCUCUGAAAAGAGCAGAAUUGAAAGUCUGGAUGUUCUCGAUGAGCGACAUAGUGCAAGCAGGCUUCGUAAACAGUUUGCUGCAUUUUCUGUGGAUUAG